CAGCACAACGCCUUCUCUUCUUCCUUCCUUCCUGCUUAACGAACACCAAGCAACAUGGCGCAACGGCCCGCGGCCUCAGCGUUGCUGGUGGUGGUGGUGAUGGUGAUCGCACUUGGUGGCGGCUGUGUCAGCGGCAAGCACAUGGGCGUGAUCUCGGCAGAUGACCUGGGCAACAUGCACAUCAAUGCCAGCGUUGAUGGCGCACGCGUGCUUGUCUCUGGCAUGGACGUGGUGGAGCAAGUGGCUUCCCUGCAAGCUUCCAACACGGCCCUGGAGCAAGACAACCAGCGACUGCAAGCCACCUUGGACAGCGUCGCCGCCAGCUAUGCAGAGCUCGCCCGCCAGCACACGCAGCUCGCCAGGGCAUUCUGGACCACGCAAAACUUCGGCCGUGGCUCUGCCUUCUCCACUUCCAUGACACUCAGAUUCAUCAAGCAGUUCGCAUCCACAGCAUCAACCAGGGUACUGUCCGGCAUCGUCACUGAGAGCGGUGCCGUUUACUUGGGAGGCUAUGUCCGAUUUCCUGCGAACGUGAGUGGUACCGGCGACCCCGUCACCUAUGGCUUUCUGUCCCGCUUCAGCAGCGUUGAUGGCUCCAGACUCUGGAUGCAGACGUUUUCGCCGAACGGCGGCCUUGCUUUUAUCACUAGUAUCGCCGCUGAUGACAGUGGUCGCGUCUACGCUGUAGGUGGCCGUGUCGCCUCCAUCUCUACACACAGUGCAUGGGACGGCCGUGAGCUGUGGCGCUACAACGUGACGUCGUCUCCGGUACUUCCGCUUUCAUCUGCCCGGCUCGCCGUUAGCCGCGAUGGGCGCACGGUGUACUCGGCUGUUUCGACGUUUGACAACGUCGUCAUACUCGCUUUGGAAGGCGCAACAGGCACGCUAAAGUGGCAAAAGACAUUGAACAUUCCGAAUGGGCGCGGCAGUUGUCUUGCAGAGGAGCGGCGAUCUGCUUUUGCUGCUGUACCCUGGCAGCCAAGGAGGCAGUCUCUUUCGCCUGAGGCAAAGCGACGGCUCCGCAGUCUGGGUGCAAUCUGUCAAUGCUACCAGCGGACAGCUGUGGCGAGGACAGCCGCUCACGCUCGCGGCCGCUGACACCCCGUGCAUGGGCCUCACCCUUCCUCUGCCCCCAGGCGACAACAACACCCCACCAACCUACAUCCAAUGCUUUGCUGCUGACACCGGUGCCAUUGUUGGUGCCCAAAUCCCGCUCCCAGCCAACUUUACCCUCUUUUCAGUGCUCUCCACGUGGGGCAACGACAUCUUCGCCGUCGGCACUGCAACGGAUGAGAGGCGUGUGCUUGACCACGACAGCAUCGGUGGCGCGGACGUCGUGGCGAUGCGUGUGCACAUGCCCUCGGGAUAUGUCUAUUGGAGCGAACAGCUUGGCAGCGCAGAGGACGAGCAACCGCCCUUCGCAGGCGUCGACGGCUCAGGCAGCCUGUACAUCAUGGGCAGCACAGGUGGCACCCUGCCGUCCACGGGCCUCCCACCACCAGAUUCUUCUGAUGCCUACCUCGUCAAGUACACGCCAGCCCAUCUCCUUUGAUUUGAGAUGCAAUGUGACGAGAACUGUUUGCGUGUGAAAGCCUUUCGAGGGCUAGAAGUCGUGUGCAGUUAGUUACAUUACUCAAGCGUUUGCGCAUGUGUGUGUUGUGUUGUGUGUGUGUUGUGUUGUGUUGUGUGUGUGUGUGUGUGUGUGUC